UGGCUACCAAACCAAGUAACCAACUUCCGUUGUGUAUAAAAUAAAACAAGUAGCAUUCCACUUCCACACUUGUUUAAAUGGCUGAUCUCUCUUUUCAGUUGUUUUAGUUCUCAAAUCUGCAAUUCAAACAUCAAUUAAUGGCUACGGACGGCCCACUUUUCGACAGGAAAUACUACUACGAAGAUGCAACGGAGAUCUCGGCACGAGAAAAGGCCAUAGACGAGUGGCUCCCCAUCACUGCUUCAAGAACUGCGAAAUGGUGGCAUUCAGCUUUCCACAACGUCACUGCUGUUGUCGGAGCCGGCGUCCUCGGCCUUCCCUAUGCCAUGUCCGAACUUGGAUGGGGCCCUGGGCUUACAAUCCUGGUGAUAUCUUGGAUUGUGACUCUGUAUUCACUAUGGCAGAUGGUGGAGAUGCACGAGAUUGUGCCAGGUAAGCGUUUCGACAGAUAUCACGAACUCGGGCAGCAUGCCUUCGGGCCGAAGCUGGGGCUGUGGAUCGUGGUGCCUCAGCAGCUCAUCGUUGAAGUUGGCGUCGACAUAGUUUAUAUGAUCACAGGAGGCCAAUCACUCAAGAAAUUCCAUCAAUCUGUUUGCCAAGAUUGCAGUGAUAUCAAGCUUACUUAUUUCAUCAUGAUCUUCGCCUCCGUCCACUUCCUCCUAUCCCCACUUCCCAGCUUCAACUCCAUGUCCGUCCUCUCAUUGGUCGCCGCCACCAUGUCCUUGAGUUACUCUGCAAUUGCAUGCUAUGCCUCGAUAAGCAGAGGCGUGCAGCCUGACGUUGAGUAUGACUACAGAUCGAACACUGCAGCCGGGACUACUUUCAACUUGUUCAGUGGAUUGGGGACGGUUGUGUUCGCCUAUGGCGGCCACAACAUUGUGAUGGAAGUUCAAGCAACUAUGCCUUCCACAGACCAAAAACCAUCAAAGAAGCCUAUGUGGAAAGGAGUGGUGGCUGCUUACAUAAUCAUAGCCCUCUGCUAUCUCCCUGUUGCUAUAAUUGGGUAUUGGAUUUUUGGAAACGAUGUCAAGGAAAACAUACUUCUCACCCUCCAACACCCGAAAUGGCUCAUUGCCAUGGCUAAUAUGUUCGUCGUGUUUCAUCUCAUUGGAAGCUAUCAGAUAUAUGCCAUUCCAGUUUUUGACAUGAUGGAAAGUGUGCUUGUGAAGAAAAUGAAGCUGAAUCCAUCUUGGUUUUUGAGGAUGGUUACAAGGAAUACUUAUGUUGCUUUUACCAUGUUUGUUGCCAUCACAUUCCCCUUCUUUGAUGGGCUUCUUAGUUUUUUUGGAGGAUUCGGCUUUGCCCCUACCACAUACUUCCUUCCCUGUAUCUUGUGGCUCGCCAUCUGCAAACCAAGGCGGUUCAGUUCAUCAUGGUUCGCAAAUUGGUUUUGCAUUAUAUUUGGAGUUACUAUGAUGACGCUUGGACCUAUAGGAGGGCUAAGGCAGAUUAUAACACAUGCCAAAAAUUAUAAAUUCUACGAGUAGCAAAAAAAAGUACUACUCGAAAUAGAUACGGUGGUAUCUCUUGAUUAUAGUUAUACUUCGUGAUCAAAUUUCUCUCAGUUUUGUUUAUGAUAAAGAGUACUGAUUUUCUUUUUCUUAUUUGCAUUUGAGCGAUUAAGUAAUUUAAAAUUGUACUACAAAUGAAGGGAAUAGUAUGUUUGGUUGUUCACCAUUCAUCCAGAUGGAAAGUCAUUAACUAAAAUUAAGUUGUCACGUUUCGCCGUUCCAACGGAUUUGUAAACGGAUCAAAUACUAAAAUGACUUUAUAAUUUUGUAUUGAUGAUUUUCAUUGAAUAUGAUAUACGUUGCGGUUA